AUGGCGGAAACCGACGAGGACCAGAAAGGCGCCGCGACGCCUCUGAUCGGCGAGACGCGGCGCGUCCUCAUCAGUGCCUCGAUGGACUUUAAGUCUCGCGUGGCGCGACUGGCUCCAACGGCUCCGGUUGAAGACUUUCUGCCAGCACGUGGGUCUGUUGGUUGCUCUGGCCGGGUACACUAUAUUGGGAGGGUUGAAAAGCCAAAAUACAUGCUACUCUGCACCCUCUACAUCCUGGUUGGUUUAGCCCUAACCUCAACUAUAAUAGAGCUUGUACGCAGACAGUAUGCACAGUCCUGGAGACAACUACAAGCACUGCGAGGACCUCUAGCUGAGAAUUUCAGGAAAUUAGCAGAUAACGCUCCUGGCCUGGACGUUCUAGCCUUCCAACAGGACUUAAUGAAAGUCUUAACAGUGGUAUCGAUGCCGAAAAGAAUGGGCAGUCGAAAGGAGAAGAAAGACAAAGAAAAAGCAGAAAAGGAGUGGCAAGAUGCCUUGCAAGCUGUCAUUCAAGAUAUGACAGCGAAAGCUGCCAAUAAGGAACCUUCCAUUGUACAAAUUGUUAUUUAUGAAAGUUCGGUGUGAAUCAAAUAAAAUUAUUUCUUGUUG